CAGUCUGGAUCUGUGAGAUUUGGCGCCGACUGAGCUGCAGAGGCCCGUAGACCAGGAACCGACCCAGGAUGCUUUAAUUAACAGGAAGAUACUAUGGUUAUUGAUAUUAUUAUAGAGUGCACGCAGAGGGGAGGCUGGGAAAUGGACAUAUAUCUACACAGUAUGUGUUUUAAGCAGGUUUCUCUUCACCAAAAUGCACAGCAGAAUAGUGUAUCUACACUGAGGAAGAGUCAAGCUUUGGGAUUGGGCAGCGACCAGAUAGCGUAACACCCCCUCCUUCUCUCUGUGUUCGAGAAUUGCGUUAAACCGACAAGGAAAGGCCUGCGCUUUAUCACUAUUACAGGAUUGUUUUUUUUUUGUUUUCCCGAUUUUUAUUCCCCCGCAGAUUAAACGAGGAAAGGUUGCUGGCUGGUGUAUGUGUUUAGAAUGGGACACGCUGAAGGUCCAGUCAAAGAAAAAGACAGUUAAGGAUGCAGGAGCCCAACAAUGGAUUUCUCCUUCUCUUUCAUGCAAGGGAUCAUGGGAAAUACAAUUCAGCAACCCCCUCAGCUCAUUGACUCAGCCAAUAUCAGACAGGAAGGCACCUGCGACACCGGCAGUGACCCGGGCGAGGAUGGUGGUCCCUCCUACGAUGCUGCACUGGAUGAGUUCUACCCGCCGUCAGCCUCGGAGGACAUGCAGCAGGUCUCCAAUGGCUUCCCGCCAGGUCUGGGCAUAUACGAGCCACAGGCCAAGUUCUCCAUGUACUCGCAGUUUCCCAACGGCUCAGCUAACGGCUACGGGGCAAUACGCAGCUACAGUGAGCAUGGUCUCAUGCCGGGGGAAGGGACGGUCCUGAGAGGCCCAGGUCUGCAGGAGAGACCUUUGUCUCCUGUGUCUCCCCCGUUGCCCACACAUCACCCACACCUCCACCACCUCCACCAUCACCCCCAUCACCAUCACCACGUGCAACACUUCCACUCAAACCCACCUCACAUACAAACCCACCCGCACCCACAGAGUUCCCCACCGCCACUGCCCCCCCAGCACCACCUCUCCCAGACACCUCACAUCAUGACCCACACUCUUCCCCCUCCUCCUCCUUUACACCUGCCUUCCUCCACUCCACCCCCUUCACUUGUGGACAGUACCCCCUCUUCUCAACCCUCCCACGAAUCGUCUAACACCCCAGGUGGGGUGCUGAAGAAAACCAGCUCUCCAGAGAUCAAGUUAAAGAUCAUAAAGACGUACCAGAACGGAAAAGAGCUGUUUGAAUCUGCGCUGUGUGGAGAUCUACUGCAAGAGCUGCAGAAGGAGUCUCAGAAAAAGGAGGCAGCUCAGAUGCAGCGCAGACAUGAGAGGAAGAAGGAGAAAAGGAAAAAGAGUGCAAGGCUGCAGCCGCAAGUCCAGGAACAGAAUCUGGACAAGAGCCAAGCACAAGCGGGUACUACAAGCGAGACAGAGGACACCCACAUCCAGCCCCAGCUACGAGAAACACCCCCAGUCAAGACAGAGAAGCCUCAGAAGACAGUUACCAAAACUGAACCAAAGACACCAAAGGUUCCGAAGGUCCAUCAUCAAUCAGUAAUCCAAGAGACGGGCUUCUGCAAGGAGUUUGUGAUUGGAGAUCUGGUUUGGUCCAAGGUGGGCACCUAUCCCUGGUGGCCCUGCAUGGUCUCCUCUGACCCACAGAUGAAGGUCCACACUCGCAUCAACACCAGGGGUCACAGGGAGUAUCACGUCCAGUUUUUUGGCAGUGUCGCUGAGCGAGCAUGGAUCCACGAGAAGAGGAUUGUCAUUUACCAAGGGAGGCCACAAUUUGAUGAUCUUCAGGCUGAAACUCUGCGCAAGGCUACAAACCCUGUCGAGAAAAGUAAACUUCUGAAGCCCAUCCCUCAGCGGGAGCGGACUCAAUGGGAGGUGGGUGUGGGCCAUGCUGAGGAUGCCUUGGUGAUGACGCGACAGGAGCGAAUUGACAACUAUACCUUCAUCUACGUUGACCCUGACCCCGUUGAAGGCCCGCCCAUCAAGAAACCCGCCAUCAGACUUGAGAAACGAAACCGUCGCUCCAGUGGCUCAGUCAGUAAGAAGGAAGAUGGAGGAGUGAAGUCACCAGAGAGAGAGCAGCCACCACGAAGACAGCUACCACGCAGACAGUGUAGUGUUUCAAACACAGAUGACAACACAAACUCCCAUACCUCAAAUGAGGAGAAGAACUUGAGGGAGGACCAGCGUAAGACCAGCUCACCUAAGCAAAACUCUAGUCAUGACGCACAGCAGGACUCUCCACCACCAGUUAGGGCCUGGAAAACAGCAGCUGCCAGAAAGCUGCUGCCUCUCUCCAUUACCAUGAAGAGGCUGAAUGUGGAGAUAACAAAAUGUGACUGGCCUCUCUUACAGAAAAAAGCACUUCCAUCUCCUAAAAAAGACAAAGAAGAAGAGAAGGAGGAGAGAGUGGAAAGAGAGGCCAGACAGCCCGACUUGGGAUACUGCUCUCCUGAGCAGGACAGCAGAGCUAAACCUGAGCCCAGUCCAGGGGAGGAUGAUGAUGGAGAUGCAGAUGCAGAUGCAGAUGGAGAUGGAGAUGCAGAUGCAGAUGCAGAUGCAGAUGUAGAUGCAGAUGGAGAUGCAGAUGCAGAUGGAGAUGGAGAUGGAGAUGCAGAUGGAGAUGGAGAUGGAGAUGCAGAUGCAGAUGCAGAUGGAGAUGGAGAUGGAGAUGAAGGGGAGGAAGAAGGGGAAGAGAGGAGAGGCUCACCUGCUAGCCGUAUGAGUGAGGAGGGUGGAAUGCAGCAGCCGUCGUCUCCUGGGUCACACCACAGUAGUCCACAAGGUUCUCAGGAGAGGAAGCUGCAGCGGCGGUCAGUCAGGAGCAGGUCUGAGUCAGAGAGAGGCAGUGAGCCUGUCCCUAAGAAGAAAACCAAAAAGGAACAGGCAGAGUUGGCUCCUGAAACUACACCGAGGACUGGCUCACAGAAAGGUGCCAGUGAGAUCUCAGAUGCCUGCAAGCCUCUGAAGAAGCGAAGCAGGGCGUCAACAGAUGUGGAAAUGGCUUCAUCUCAGUACAGAGACACUUCUGAUUCUGACUCCAGAGGUCUCAAUGAUCCACAGGGUUUGUUCGGGAAGAGUCUUGACAGUCCAGCAGCAGCAGAUGCAGAUGCUUCCGAUACUCAGUCUGUGGAUUCUGGCUUAUCUCGUCAGGAUAGCACCACUGACAAGAGAGACACCGUCUGCCAGAUCUGCGAGGUCUAUGGAGAAGGUUUGGUGGUUUGCGAAGGUGAUUGCAACAGACAGUUUCACCUGGAGUGUCUUGGUCUGACGUCCCAACCUGAAGGCAAAUUCACAUGUUUGGAAUGUAGGAAUGGAGAUCAUCCAUGUUUUAGCUGUAAAACAGUUGGCCAGGAGGUGACACGCUGCUCUGUCUUGGGAUGCGGUUGUUACUAUCAUGAGGAUUGUGUCCAAAAUCUCCCCGGCACCACCAGCAGUCCAGGCGGAGGCUUCUGCUGCCCUCAACAUAGCUGUGCUACCUGCUGCUUGGAGAGAGACCUGCAACGAGCCAGUAAAGGUCGCCUGAUGCGUUGCAUCCGUUGUCCGUCGGCCUAUCACACUGGAGACAGCUGCGUGGCAGCGGGUAGUGUCGUCCUCACCCAUCACAUCAUGAUCUGCAGCAGCCACGGCAGCACCAAGAAGAACGGCCUCCUCGCCUCUCCUGUCAAUGUGGGCUGGUGCUUCCUGUGCGCUAGAGGGCUGUUAGUGCAAGACCUUACUGACACCAUAUUAAGUUCAUAUGCCUAUAAGUCCCACUACCUUCUGACUGAGUCAAAUCGUGCUGAGUUGAAAUUACCUAUGAUUCCCUCUCCUUCGUCAGCUACCAAAAAGAAUGUUGGGAAAGGAGGCAAGUUGCUGUGCUGCGACUCAUGCCCAGCUUCCUUCCACCCGGAGUGUUUGGAGAUGGAGAUGCCGGACGGCGCAUGGUCCUGCAGUGAUUGCAGGGCAGGAAAGAAACCUCACUACAAACAAAUUGUCUGGGUCAAACUGGGCAACUACAGGUGGUGGCCAGCAGAAAUCUGCAAUCCCCGCUUGGUGCCAUCAAACAUCCAGAGCCUUCGCCAUGAUAUCGGUGACUUCCCCGUCUUCUUCUUCGGCUCCCACGAUUACUACUGGAUCAACCAGGGCCGUGUCUUCCCUUACGUGGAGAAUGAUAAGAACUUUGUCACUGGUCAGAUCAACAUCAACAAAACCUUCAAGAAAGCUCUGGAAGAAGCAGCCAGGCGUUUUCAGGAGCUUAAGGCACAGCGGGAAAGCAGAGAGGCUCUAGAGCAAGAACGCAACUCUCGCAAACCUCCACCUUACAAAUUUAUAAAGUCCAACAAGCCAGUGGGGAAAGUGCAGGUUCACGUUGCUGACUUGUCAGAAAUCCCACGAUGCAACUGCAGACCAACAGAUGAGCGUCCUUGCAGCCUCGACUCCCAGUGUCUCAAUCGCAUGCUGCAGUACGAGUGUCAUCCACAGGUGUGUCCAGCAGGAGACAGCUGUGAGAACCAGUGUUUCUCCAAGCGGCAGUACGCCGAGACGGAAGUGACGAGGACAGAAGGCCGCGGCUGGGGCCUCAGAACUAACCAGACUCUCAGGAAGGGUGACUUUGUGACAGAGUAUGUGGGAGAGGUGAUAGACUCAGAGGAAUGCCAGCAGCGAAUCAAACGUGCCCAUGAAAACCACGUAUCCAACUUCUACAUGCUCACGCUCACCAAGGAUCGUGUGAUAGACGCCGGCCCAAAAGGAAACUCGUCACGGUUCAUGAAUCACAGCUGCAGCCCAAACUGUGAAACCCAGAAGUGGACGGUAAACGGAGAUGUUCGCAUUGGACUCUUUACCCUCUGUGAUAUUGAGGCUGGCACAGAGCUGACGUUCAACUACAACCUGCACUGCGUGGGCAACAGGAGAACGUCCUGUCACUGUGGAUCAGACAACUGCUCUGGAUUCCUCGGGGUGCAGCCAGUGAGUGCCGUCGUGCUAGAGAAAGAGGAGAAGGCCAGGAACGCCAAGCUGAAGCCAAAGAAGCGGAAGCUGAGGCUGGAGGGUAAACACACACACGAGUACUUCUGUUUUUGCUGUGGAGAAGGAGGAGAGCUGGUGAUGUGCGACAGGAAGGACUGCCCGAAAGCGUACCACCUGCUGUGUCUCAACCUUACAAAGCCGCCAUACGGACGUUGGGAAUGUCCGUGGCAUGACUGCAGUAUAUGCAGCGCCCCCGCCACGUCGUUCUGUGAUUUCUGCCCUCGCUCAUUCUGCCAGGAUCACCAGGCUGGUGCACUUACUUCCUCCUCCCUGGAGGGCCGUCCCUGUUGCUCCAGUCACAACCCCCUCAGUCCCCUGGACUCCAACUCCAGCUCGACUCAGGGACGACACUCUGCUCUGAGCCCGGUCAGGGUCAAAGAGGAGCCGGAGCCAGAAACGGGUCAGCAGGCGGCAGAGUGACUCCGCAGCUCCCUCAAUACCUCAUUCCCUGUAAAGUGCGCUGGUGUUGGCCUCCCUGCCUCCAGUCCACCUUUGAUCAGAAGCAGUGCACUUCUAAAGGGAAUACAGUGCUUUUUGACCAGUGUGAUGGCUGCUAUUUAGCGCUGAGACACGCCGACGAACACUGCAGAGUGACUGGAGUGUUGGCACGGGAAGUGACCAGGCAUCAUUAUGCACCAAUCUCCCUUUUCUCUUGCCACCACUAAUGCUCUUUACAGCUCCACUGCGUCCAUCCGAGGGCCCAGACCACCACCUCAUUACACUUCUUUGUUUUACUUUUACAGCUGUCGAAAGUUUUCUAUGUUUUUCACAACAUCGGUUACCGGCACUUUGAAGAACUCACUGAGUGAGGUGGAGGGAGAUGUAAGGCUGACCCUCUCCUCCACCACGCUGCUCCUCCUUGUUUACCUGCUGUAAGCGCUGGCCGGCAUCUCAAAUAACAGGUGGCUUAAUGGAAGCCCCUGUGUCUCUCUCUCUCUCUCUCUCUCUCUCUCUCUCUCUCUCUCUCUCUCUCUCUCUCUCUCUCUCUCUCUCUCUCUCUCUCUCUCUCUCUCUCUCUCUCUCUCUCUCUCUCCCUCCCUCCAUCACUCCCCGAUGUGGUCUGUCAUCGUUUCGUAUUUUUCUCCUCUCCCUGCAGAAAAGGCGGAGAGGGGAGCGACUGAUUUUGUGCAAUUUUUUUUUUUUCAGGACCACACUACAUUCCAAACUUCCUUAAACACGAUUUUAAUAUACUUAUGGGUAUAGAUGAAUAUAAUUAUAUACAGUAUCUAUGUUUGUUAAUGUUUACAGACAGAUUCUCUCACUUAAUCUCAGUGAGUGGUGUAUUAUGUUUGUUUGUUUGUUUGUUUAGGUGUUAAGCAUUACGCAGACCUCUUUGUGAAAAUAGUCCUAUUAAGGUGAAUUAUAAUGGUAUAUAGUGUAAUGGUAUGACAUUACAGAAGUACUUGUGAUUUUCAUAUUGACAGUCUCACUCGCCAUUGUGUACAUAAUUGGCUCAUAAUAUUGUAAAGUACUUAUAGAUCAGAAAGGUCGCAGCCUUGCCUCUCUGGUUGUGCCUGGAAGAAGGAAAUGCUUUUUCUUUUCUUUUUUUUUAAAAACAAAACAAAAAACAACACAGAUCUUUCUCUUCUCAUUUUUUUUUCUUUUUGAUAACGGUUUUGGUUAUUUGUUUUUGUAGAUGGAGGAGCCCAGCUUGUGAUCACUGGUGCUGUCUUAAAAGUAUUGUUAACUGGCCUUAAGUUUGAUUCUGGCUGUAGCAGCUACUGCCCAGAUGCAGUCCAUUUCAGUAACGCUGUGUACUGUGACCGCUUUAAUGCUUUCUUCUUUUAAUUCCUCUGGGGUUUUUUUUAUUUUGCCAAACUUCUCUGAAAAGCACUUUCACACGGCUUGUCGCUAUAAAAUUUAGCUAGGUCAUAUACAGAAAUGUAUAUUAUAAGAACAUAUGACAAGUGUUUAAAAAUGGAUACCUCUUCUUGUAGUAAUGUCGGAAUUUAAACUGUGUUUCAACUUUUUUCCUCUUGAUCGGAAACGUGGUGAGUGCUGGGCGUCUUCUUAUUUUUUUUUCGUUUGCGUAAAAGUGGCCUAAAAAAAAAUGUUUUCUUCCUCUUUUUGGGGGCACAUGUAGAAAUGACUGCCAGCCUGGCUUCAUACAAAAAAGUCCUCCGUGUCUUCGAGGGACACUUCUUUCCACCUGGAGGACGUCCUCAAGGCUGGGCUUUAUAUAAAGACAUGGUAUUGCAACAGUCCAGUCCAGUAUAAUGUACAAAACUUAUGUACAGUGUUUUUAAUCACUCAUCUGUCAAAUUGUUUUGUAUUUAUUGCACCACAUUUUAUACAGAUUUCUUUUUCCAAACACCAGUACAGUGAUUUGUCUCCCUCUCACCACCGUGUAAGUGAAACAGACUCUUUAAAAAACAUUAUAUCUGCAGCAAGUCAUUGCACAUGUAAGUUUUUUUUUUUUGGUGUAAUGAUUCCACAUUUGGUGACAGCUGCUGCUCAUCAGCCGGUGUCAUCAUUCACUGUAACUAGUGUUAAAAAGCAGCGUGAAGCGGCUCAAUAUUGGAAUGUAAAGUUUUUGUUUCAGUGCGGUUUGUGUGUUGUGUUAACCUGGACUCAAUGGUCAUCAUAGGAAGAAGCUUCUCUGUAAUCAUGACUCAGCAUUUUUGCCUGUCACUUCCCUGAUUAGUGCUGUUUUGUUAAUUUUUUUCUUUCCUUAAAAAAAAAGGGUGUUUUUUAUUUUUUGAAGCCUUCCAGUGUUGAGGGUGUUUAAAGCCCGAGCCACAGGGUGAAACGUUGCCAAGGUUUCUGGUCUCUUUGAAUCCAUUAUUAGACAAAUUAUGCUGCCAGUUUAUUAGGUACAUGUCAUCAAUUCUACUGCUAUUAUACCAGUCCUGUGAUUAAUCCUUCUUUAUGCAUGUUACAAUGUUCAUUUUUAAUGUUACCUUAAUGAUUAUUUUAAAGACUGUAGUUAAUGGUAGUUCAUAAAUGUACUGUUAUUUUGAACAAGUAUUAUGCCUUUUAAUACAUAAAUCAUGCAUUUGAAAACCGCACCUCAACACCUCUCAACAUUUUGGACAAAAACUGUAUUUACUUAAAUCACAGUACUGUUAUAUUAUCCUGCAGUUUAAGAGAGAAUAAUAUUGGAUAAUGGAUAAAUUAAACAAAAGUAUUAGAAAUAUUAUAUUCAUCGUAAAACCAAACUGUGUUUCAAUAUUCUUCAAGUCUCAACAUGUCACAAAUACACAUUUGGUCUGAAAACUAGUCAUGCUGUCAUAGAUUAAUCUUGUACGUUCACAUGUUAAAGUAAAGUAACAAUUAGCCCAACAUGAUUUUGAUGUGACCUGGGCUUUUUUAUGCAAAAUAUAAGCAGAAAUACAGGCAUAUAAUUGGACAAAGGUAAAGGUAAACCACACCAGAACCUCACCCUUUUCUGUGUUUCGAAUUAAAUAACAUGACUGUAAAUGUGCAAACCGUUAACAUGUUACAUUUUCUCACUUCUUUUAUCAUUAACUAACUCCAGGAAAUUGUCACAUUUUUUUUAAUCCAUGAAAAUACUAAGCUAAAAUUUGCAUACUCAACAUGGUCUGCGAGUUGAAACUUGAAUUUUCUAUAUUUUUAUUUAUUAGUGUAUUUGUUUUGGGGUGCUUUUCCAUAGGAUUCAUAAAGUAUGUGAUAAUCAGGCAUCCUUGACUCUUGUGUUUGUGGCUUCAGAAAAAAACAAAUGCCGAUUGGUUGUUAUGACAAACUGGUCUUAAAGCAUUCUUUUUAGGGUGACUUGUUCAGUAAAAAAUGCAUGAUUCUAACACCACACACCGGUUUAAUCUACUUUGUGUCUUCAGAAUGCUUUUUUUGUUUGUUCGUUUUUUAUUUUACCCUUUUCUAUAUUGCACAGAGAUUUUGUAAAACCAAAAAGCCUUUUUUUUCCCCUUACACCCACUGAUCACUGAUCAUCUUAACCUUGUGCCAAUUGGUCAAUUCCUGUCCCUUUCAGCUGACACAGCAGCAGUAUUACAGCUCAUACAAAUGUCCCAGCAUGCAUCAUUUCAUUCACUAAAAAUACUUUUUGAUGUAUGUGUUUGGUUGGUAGUGCCCACAUUUGUUUCUUUGAGAAGACGGCAUGUUUGUUCUCAUUUAAGUGACCCUUAAAGACAUAUGAAGAGUUCUGUUUUGGUUUUUUUUCAAAGUGUCCAGGAAUUUGCAAAUUACUAUGAUUUCUUUUUAUAUAAAAUAAUUAGUAUGUCAAAGGGUGUGUUUCGGUUCAUUGUGAUGUCUUUUUUUUUUUGUGCAAUGUUGCCUAACGUCAAUACGUUUUUAAAUGACACGCUCUCAGAGGAGAAAUAGCGUUGGACUAAAUACGUUCACCGUCAUAAGCACUCAUCAUCUUUUUCUUGUGGUAAAAUUGCUUACAGUAACUCUAACUGGGGUCAUAUCUAUCUUCGUGGUGUUGCUUCAAGUAAAACGUGGAUGAACACAAAAAUACCAUGUUGAUUACUGUUCAACCUGUGUUACUGCAUAAUGCAUAUUGUUGAGGAACCUGUAAAUAGUUUACAUUGAACUUGCAUAGAAUCAUGUUACUGUGGCGUGCUCUUUUUGCUUGUACAAUUCUGCUUCUAAAUGUGUGUGACUGUUGAGACGACUCUCUCUUUUUGUACAUGACUGUCUUUUUAUUUGAGAAUAUUGAUUCUGUCCUUUUUCAUUCAGAAGUUGAGUUUGAAGAGUUCAGACAUGCCUGAAGUUUGACUUUAAUAAAGCUGUACUCUGUCUCAGUGAAA